AUCAAUACUUAAUAAUUAGCAAUUAAUACAAGAUGGAUGUGUGCGAAUGUCGUCGCGCUCCGGUUGGGCGAGGCGGCGCGGCCGGGCGAGAGCUUUAUUCCGGCCUGACAAAUUAGACGAUUCCGCAGCCCUCGCGCAGGAGGUUUUUCAAUUCCGUUUCUCUAGAUUUCAUGAAAUUCGAGUAUGUUUCGUGCAUCUAUCACGAGACUCGUUUACCUCGAACGUGUAAUGUUGAGUCAUUAAAUAUCGCAAGGAUGACGUUUCAUUCCUUCGCUUUCCUGAUGAUUAAAUUUGCUGUCAGGGAGCAUUGGCCAAAGUAGCCCGGGUAAAUCCGAAUAAAAUGUGCACCCACGUUUCGAGGUUUAAACGUAAGCGUAUGAUGACCGGAAACAAACGAUCUGUCGAGUAAAUAACGUUCGCGAUCCAUUGCUGCCUUUGUCUUUGCUUGGGUUACCUCCAAACUGUCAUCGUUGAGACAUUGCAUCGGUAACCUUUAUAAUAUGGCAAUACUUCAACAAAAUUUGUAUACCUUAUGGUAUACAUAAGAUGAAGGAAAAUAUAUGACAUCUUAUCCUGAGCAUGUUUAGGAAUUUAAAUUUACAUAAGUGAUUUUAAAUACUUUCAAAUAUCGUUUCAUUCGCCUUGAAGAUGGGAUCGCAGCCCUGUGGAUUUGUCUCUCUCUUGUAUAGUAUCGGAGAAAGACCGUUAGAAUUAUGGUCGAAACACGUUUCUUUGGAUGGAAGAAUUCGUAGAAUUAAAGAUGAAGCGUUACAGGGAGAUAAGGUUAUCGAAAUAAUGGGACCUCAUGAAACAUCAGUGCCUACGAAUAUUUGUUGUCCAGCAAAUCCAUUGGACGUUCUUCGUAUUAAACUCCCUGUUCUUGUGUUAAUCAUUAAAAAUUUGGAACUGAAAUUAAAAGUAGAUUUUCAGUUGAUAGAUAAAGAAAAGCAACGUCGAAAAAUUACCUUAAUUACGUAUGAUCAUGAAAAAUUGCCGAUCAUAAAUAUACAUUUUGCAUGCUUAGCUCUAAAUUUAGAAGAAGGAUGGAACAUUUUGGAAUUAAAUCUUCAAUCGUUAUGUCAUAAUACGUUUAAAGUGGACUUCUGUGCACUACAAAAAAUAAUAAUCUAUCCCAAUUGUCGGGUGCGGAGGAUAUAUUUGCAAGAUCGUCAUUAUAAUUGCAACGAAACACCUAUUGAACUAUGCCAAGCCUUUUUUGAUAUGUACUCAUUGAAAUGGGGUAUUCAUUUAGUUGAGAGAUGUUGUCAAACGGAAGAAUCGUAUACAGGACCUUUGCAACCAUUCGGUUUGGAAUGUUUUACAUCAAAAAGUAAUAUUUCAAUUACUAUAUCUGCUUCUACUGCACUCGAAAAUCAAGGAGCUAUCGAUAAUUCCACUUCAGUAUCUAAAUCGGAUAAGAUAUUUAUGUCGAGUUAUUCUAGAUCCAUUAAUGAAUUUAAUAAUUAUAUCAAUCCGUCUAUUGGACAUACUUUGUGCAAAACAAAGAUUAAUCAUAACUCGAAACACGUUACUGUAAAUAAUGAAAAUAAGAGAAAAUGUAAAUCAGCAACUUUUAAUGACAAAGAGAAAUUGAGAGGAGAACAUCUUAAAAAGAAAGAUAAAGAACAAAUUAAUUUAGUCGAUGACGUGUGUACAAACUUAAAAGGAGAUAAAAAUGUAGCAGAGUCAUUUCCACACGUAGAGAAGAGUCAGUACUUACAGAUGCAAAUUAAUGAAAGUUUUAUGAAGAAGAAACCAGAGAGUUCGGGUCGUAUUUUCAAAGAGUGGCCUUAUACAUAUCAUGAAAAGAGUGGUGAUGACAAAUCUUAUUUAAUAGAUUUUGCAACUAACUAUAAAAAUCAUAAAAAUGAAGUCAGACAUAAAAAUCCAAAUUCUACUGAUUUACAUUUUUCCGCAACUAAGCCCCAAACUACUGUGAUUCCCCAGCAGGACGAACUGCCUUCAAGAUUGACGCAAAUUGCUAUGGUAACAAGCAAUAGGAAUUGGAAACAUUUAGAGAAAACAAAUGGAGAUAAACCACAGCAACAAGAUGUUAAAUCAAUAAAGAACAUUAUCACUGAAGUUCAAAGAAUUAGGGAACAAUUACGCAAUUAUUGUCCAAAUCUUAAGAACUCCACUAUAAUUGAGAAAAAAAAAAUAGUGGACGUCCCUGACAUUAUUCCACCUUUUGUAGAGGUGCAUGCAAAUCCUAAAGAGGCAAAUCCUAAAAAUACAGCAUUGUCCACUGAUGCAGCAGUAAAUGAUUUUCUAAAAUUACAGCAUCUUGCAAAUAAGAUUAUUUUAAAUAAUUUAAGAAAAAAAGGCCUGACUAUGACUGAAGUAGAAUUGUCUAUUUAUAAUUCUAUAAAUCGUCGAAACUGCUAUGGUCAGGGAAAACUCAUUGAAACUCAAAGGCAAUGUAUUAGUAAAGGCACUGGGCUUAGCUCAAUUAACCCUCCAGAAGUGCAUGCAUCGUUAAAGAAACAACUUUUAACUUUGAGCAAUAAAAUGUGUAUGCAACUUAAGAAUGAACCGAAUGCUGUUGUAUCAUAUUUAAAACCAUUAAAUAAUUGUAGGUCACUAGAAGAAGUGCAACAUAUGAUUAAAAGUAUCCAAGAUGUCUCAUCGGGUCCUUCCAAUUCAUAUGUUUUUACAGCUGAAGUAAAAUCCAUACAGAAAAAAGUCAAUGAUGAAAUUAAACUUCAUUCACCUGGUCAUGCAAAAUGCAUUCUAUCCAGUGCUAAGAAAAGAACGAACAAUUCUGAUACUAUUGUACAUUCAGAUAAAUACGAUACACUGAAUGUUAUUAAUGUAUUAUUCCACAGGCACAUUCAAGACCAUUAUAAAAAAUUCAAAAGUCCAUAAUGUUAGUAGUGCACAAUGU